GCUUUCCUCUCACUUCUGUCCAUCUCUUCCACUCCAGAAAGGCAAAGAGAAAUUAAACGCAGAAGAAAAUUUUAGAAUAAAUUUAACAUGAAGAUGAGCAUUAGUGCAGUAGCCAUGAGAGCAUCCAAGAAGAAGAUCUCAUGCAGAAGGCUUGGAGGAUACAUCAGGGAGCAGAAGGGGAGGCUGUACAUUAUCAGAAGAUGUGUGGUUAUGCUCCUUUGCUGGCAUGACUAAGAUCAUUUUCCAGCAGAAGCUAAGUAAACAAUUAAGGCAUGGUGAUCAAGGCUGUUGAGUCUUGGCGUAACACUUUUGAUCGUUGCUGCAAACUAGGAAGUGAAGGAUUCAUCAAUUUCAGCCUGUGAAGAUUGCAGAUAAUUUAAGCUCUCUUUUUCUUCUCUUCUUCUCAAAUUGUAAAUAACAAACGAGAUGAUAUCUUAGGACUUAGGUACAGUUGCUUUUAGUUUUUGGUUUUGUGCAUGCACUAUGCUACUGAUAAUCAUCAAGCUUGUUAUGCAGGCACAAAAAAAAUUCCUCAUAAUUAAACAUUUUGAUUUCCAAGUUAGUUACUA